CGUGUAGCAGUGCUGCCUCGUUUAGCAAGCAUGCAAAGUUCAAUUCUGCCCUGUUGCUUGUAAGAAAAUCAGCAGCUGUUCCCGUUACAGUUUUACUGGCCAAGAACCCUGCUUUGUGAGUGGAAGCCUGUAAUGCGCAAGCCUUCCAAGUCACACAUUUCUUUACAGCAGAGCCUCUGAGUGUGUUUUCAUUUGGAAACGGGAAGUAUAUCCCCUUUGGAAUCAUUGAGAACAAGGGCUGUUCUAUGAGACUGCUUCGAAUCCAAGAAUUGCCAGAGAAUGACUUCGGAAAAUGAAUCUGGAAAACCAUGCAUUGCCAGUAAGCCUGCGCUAAGUGAAGUGCAGGCCAUUAAACUGGUGGAGAUGCUGUUUGGCUUACAAGUAGCUACUGUGAAGUCUCUGCCAAGUUACGAUGAUCAGAAUUUUUACAUCCAGAGUGAAGGGACAACUGCACAAACAGAGUAUGUUCUUAAGAUCACAAAUGGUGAAAACAGUAAGGAUACCGAGCUUAUUGAGGCGCAAACAUAUGUCAUGAAAUUUUUGUAUGAUGAAGGACUUCCUACUCCUAAUCCGGUAUUCACAAAUACUGGUAACAUUAUGUCUAUGGAGGCUAUAGACUAUGGCGGAGUAGUGCAAAAUCACAUGGUGAGACUUCUGACUUACCUUCCCGGGACACCUGCAGCUGAAAUUAUAACAACUCCUGAAAUUUUAUUUGAAAUUGGUAAAGUGGCAGCAAUUCUUGAUGAAAAAUUAACCAAGAAAUUCCAGCAUCCAUAUAAGAAAUAUUUUGACCGUGGUGAGUUUAUUUGGAACUUAUCAAACACCCCUUUGCUGAGAAAGUACACACAUGUUAUUAAAGAAGACAAUUUACGUGAAAUAAUUGAAGUGUUCAUCAAACAGUAUGAGGAUUCUGUGCAAGAAAAUUUGGAAACUUUUCGCAAAUGCAUAAAUCAUGGAGACUUCAAUGACUACAAUUUAUUAUUGCAAAAGACUAGCUUAUCAGAUGGACACAGCAAGGACCACUACAAAGUUUCCGGGAUACUAGAUUUUGGGGACAUGAGCUUUGGUUACUAUGUUUUUGAAGUAGCGAUCACUAUAAUGUACAUGAUGAUUGAAAACCCUGACCCUCUUUCUGUGGGGGGUUAUGUACUUGCAGGAUUUGAAAGCAUAGUUCCACUGACAAGAGAGGAAAAAAAAGCUCUUUUCACUUUAGUGGGCUGCAGGUUUGCCCAGUCUCUAGUAAUUGCCAGGUACAGCGUCCUCCUGUGCCCGGAGAAUGAAGAGUAUCUCAUGAUAACAUCAAAAAAAGGGUGGAAGCAUUUGAUGUUGCUGCAUGAUAUGGGCAAAGAAGCUGUAGAGGAGAUCUGGGAGGAAACUGCAAGAACUUACAGGGACAAAAUAAAUCCCAACUAAUAUGUGGAAUUGCUGUAAUCAAAAGGAAAGAACAAUAAUACAGGAAAUAAAAAUGUACAGGGAGAGAUCAUACAAAACAUAGUUCAUGACAGUGUAUUGCUGGAUUGGUACAGUAUAAAAGUUGCAUUUCACAGUUAAUUGGUAAAAUGAUUCAUAUGAGCUGCCACCCUUGCACAUAAGCUACAUUGCAGGGUAUACAGUAUCAUCUCCAGGGUGACACACAGAAGUCGGGACAGUGGGCCUAAUUCCGGAAGGAUAGCAAAUUCUGAUAGUUAGCUGAAUUUACUAUCCUUUUACUAGCAUGCUGGGGGCCGCUCAUCGCUGGGCGAGGCCAACCAGCAUGCUGACCGGUGCCUUCCCCAGUUCCACAAGCAGAAAUUGCAAAGGCAUCUGUGGAAGCCUCCUGCCGCAGCAGCUUAGCUGUGCCCGCAGGAGUCCCGCCUCCAUCUUCCUGAUCACGGUGGCUGCGUGUGAAGUCAUGCAGCCGCCUUCCUGCUUACGGCGGCUGCGCGUGAAAUCACGCAGCCGCCAUGAUCCCGCCCCCGACAUGCCCCUGUUCGGCCGCCUCCACCCCUCGUUCGUGCCGCACUGCCCCUGCAACACUCCGUCUCCUCUCUGGAAACAGAUCACUUACUGCGAUCCAACCUGAAUUAGGCACUGUGUACAAAGCUUUUUAAAUGAAAAUAAAGGACAGGACAGAUUUCUUACAGGAAAAUAUACAUGAUCUACAGCCAUAACAGGACCACCAAAUCAUACUUGCCUACUCUCCCGGAAGUUGAGGGGAGCCCGCCGGCCCCGCCAUCAAAGCUGUCUGCAGCGUCUCCUCUCCGAGCUUCCCCAGGAGAUUAAUAAAAUUAGCAGGUAUCCACCAAAUCAUUUUGCUCAGACCAAAAAAAUUUUUUUCAUAAUAAAGUGAAUU